AUGGUGUUGCCUAUCGAGUUGCUGAGCACUUAUUUUGUUCAGGGUGUCUGGGUGGCUCUUCUGGUGCUGGUUAUUUCCAGUACUUGGGAUGAUAUUGUUGAGGAGAUCCCUUAUACUCAAUUUCCUUUGGUUGGGAAAAGCUGGUGGGACAUUUUCAACAGGAGAUCCAAAUCCCAAUUCAACAAGUCGGCGCGUGCGUUUAUUGCAGAGGGCUUUACGAAGGGUUACAAUGCCUUUCAGGUCAUGGCUUCAACCCGGCCAUUGAUCAUCCUACACCCAAAGUACAUAGACGAAAUCAAGAGCCAUCCCCACCUGAAUUUCGAAGGUGCCUCUCAGAAGAGCUUCUUCUCGGGUCGCAUCCCCGGCUUUGAACCUUUCCACACUAAUGGAGCAUCUAGAGUUCUUGUGGAUUCAGUACGGAUCAAGCUAACCCAAGCCCUUAAUGGCCUGACAAUCCCGCUCUCCAAGGAGACUGCUGCGACAUUGAAAGACACCUUUCCUCCAUCGGAUGAAUGGAAGCCGUACAACUUCUCCCGCAAAGUACCCUACAUGGUGGCCCGUAUCUCCACACUGGCUUUACUCGGCGAGAAAGCCUGCCGCAAUGAGGAAUGGAUCGAAGUUGCUGUCAACUACACCAUAGAUGCCUUCGAUGGUGCCCGUGAGCUACGGUUGUGGCCUUCUAUCCUACGACCGAUUGUGCACCACUUCCUACCAUCCAUACGGAAACUCCGCUACCAUCUAGGCGCUGCCCGAGCCAUUGUGAAACAAGAAGUUGAGAAACGUAAUAUGACCCGCGAUGGCAAACUGCCAUUUGAAGAACCCCCUCGGACCCGUGCCAAUGCUCUCGACUGGUUUGAGGAGCUAUCUGAAGCAUAUAAGCUGCCUUUUGAUAUGACGCGCGGACAAGUUGCGCUGUCCCUGGCGGCUAUCCAUACCACCUCGAAUCUUCUCACGAACAUCAUGUACGACCUCGCAGCAUACCCAGAAUACUUCCAGCCCCUGCGCGACGAGAUUUCUGCCGUCAUUGCCGAGGAUGGCGAGCUUAAGAAAACCAGCCUGCUGAGACUGAUGUUGAUGGACAGUGUAAUGAAGGAGUCUCAGCGCAUACACCCCGUCGGUAUGACAUCCCUGAACCGCCUCGCGACGGAAGCAAUUCCUCUAUCAGACGGCAUAGUUAUCCCCAAAGGCGCCACAAUCGCCGUCUCCGCUCACGUCAACCUAGACAAAACCAUCUACCCAGACCCCGAGAAAUAUGACGGCUACCGCUUCUUCAAGAAGCGCCAGGAGCCAGGCCAUGAGCACAAGCAUCAGUUCGUGACAACCACCCGCGAGAGCUAUGGCUUCGGCCAUGGUCUGCACUCUUGCCCGGGCCGCUUUUUCGCGGCUAAUGAAACCAAGAUUCUGCUCAUCCAUUUGCUGCUUAAGUAUGACUGGAAACUCAAGGAUGAGGGUGGGCGACCGAAAAAUAUUGAGUUGGGCAGCGAGAUUAUUACUGAUCAGACAGUUGAGCUGCUUUUUCGGUCGAGAGAACCUGGGAUUGAUCUUUCCGGGCUUGGGGAGAUUUCUGCAUAG